CGAGCACGGCGCGUCCCGCUCGGGCACGGCCGCGCACCCGUCCCGCCGAGCGCCGCCCGCGGGGCCGCCCCAGCUUCCCCUUGCCCUCGGCCGGCGCGGAGGGGAGGGGGAAAGGAGGCCGGUGGCGUUUCCGCCUGCUCGGGUCCGGAUCUCUCAGCCGGAGACAACUUUGUCCCGGGUCGGCGAGGAGCGGUGGGGCAGCGCGGAGGAGGGGGAGGAUGAGGAUGCUGCUGCUGCUACUGGUGGUGAUGAUGAUGAUGGUGCCGCCGCGAUGUACCGCGCUCGGAGGGCUCUGGUGAGACGCGCAGCUCCCCAGAUGCGCGCCCGCCCGGAGGAGGCUGCGGUGGUGCAGUUGCACGAAGAAGCUUCCCGUCUGAUUUAGUCCCGAUACGGACUCCUUUAUCUUUUUUUCCCUUUUUCUUUUUUUUUUUUUUGUUUUGCCCCUGACGGGGCGGGCGGCUUGGCCGGUCGGGCCAGCUGGCAUUCGGAGGGGUUUUGGUUUUCUUUUGUCCUAGGGACCUUUCUGCAACUAUCGGAAGAGUCUCUGCUGCGUGUGUGUUCCCCCUCCUCUGCCCUCCUGCGUUUCGUGCAUGUUGUACUGGAGCUGCUCCGAUCGGGGCCGGCUGUGCAGAGCCCCCCCCCGCCCCCUUCCUCCUCCUCCUCCCGCCUUCCUCCCUUGUUCAUCGCUCCGUGUCUUGCCGAUGACCUGGCCCCUUCGCCGACGCCCGGGAGCAGCGCGGCCCUCCCUGGAGACUUUCUCUCGCCCCCCCGGCUUGCGACGGUCCCGCCGCUGACACCGCGUCCCGCUUCCUCCGGCUGGAUUUUCCCCUCCUGGCAAAAAGGCAGAAGUGGGGAGAGGAGUCGCCUCCACCCGGGGUUUCCGGCCUCACAAUCGCAUCGGCAACUUGCGAGCCCGAGAGGGGGGAUUAUUCACUCCCGCGGCGGGGCGGCCGCGGUCCCCCACCCGUCCCCCCCGCCCCCCACCCCGUCGGGUCCCGUCCCGCCGCGCCCGGGCGCUCUGGGCGCCGCCCGCCGGCCGAAGCGCCGCCGAAGGAGCGCGGAGCGGCGGUGACCGACCGGAGCGCGGCCCGUCCGCCUCCCCCGGGCAGCCCCAGCCGUCCCCGGAACAACAGCAACAAAGGACGCCGCGGCCGGAGGAUGUCCCCGCGGCGGGGGCACUGAGCGGCGCCUCGCCCCGCUCCUGCCCGUGGCGGAGGAGGAGGGAAGGCGGCCGGCGGGCGUCGCCGCUCCGGCCCCCUCGGCACCCCGGGGUGUGAAGCCGGGACAGGGCGGGGGGCUCGCCACGAGAACCGCGCUGUGAGGGAGCCCCGCCGCGCCCGGAGCCAUGUUCCCCCAAAGCCGGCACCCCACCCCGCACCAGGCUGCGGGCCAGCCUUUCAAAUUCACCAUCCCGGAGUCGCUGGACCGCAUCAAGGAGGAGUUCCAGUUCCUCCAGGCGCAGUACCACAGCCUUAAAUUGGAAUGUGAGAAACUGGCAAGCGAAAAGACAGAAAUGCAGAGACACUAUGUGAUGUAUUAUGAAAUGUCGUAUGGAUUAAACAUUGAAAUGCACAAACAGACAGAAAUCGCCAAGAGAUUGAAUACAAUUUGUGCACAAGUCAUCCCAUUUUUGUCUCAGGAACAUCAGCAACAAGUGGCGCAAGCUGUAGAACGUGCCAAACAAGUGACCAUGGCUGAACUGAAUGCCAUCAUCGGGGUACGUGGCCUUCCGGGUCUACCUCCUACACAGCAGCAGUUGCAGGCUCAGCAUCUCUCGCACGGCCAUGGACCUCCAGUGCCUCUAACACCGCAUCCGUCAGGACUCCAGCCUCCAGGAAUCCCUCCACUCGGAAGCAGCGCUGGCCUUCUUGCCCUUUCUAGUGCUUUGGGUGGGCAGUCUCACUUGGCAAUAAAAGAUGACAAGAAGCAUCAAGAUGCAGAACACCACAGAGACAGAGAGCCGGGCACAAGUAAUUCUCUGUUGGUCCCGGACAGUCUGCGAAGCACAGAUAAACGCAGGAAUGGCCCUGAAUAUGCCAAUGACAUCAAAAAGAGAAAGGUGGAUGAUAAGGAUUCCAGCCACUAUGACAGUGAUGGGGACAAGAGUGACGAUAACUUGGUUGUAGAUGUAUCCAAUGAGGAUCCUUCUUCCCCAAGGGCAAGUCCCACUCAUUCGCCACGUGAAAAUGGCAUAGAUAAAACCCGCCUGCUGAAGAAAGACGCCUCUAGCAGUCCAGCAUCUACGGCCUCUUCAGGAAGUUCCACUUCCCUCAAGUCCAAAGAAAUGAGUCUGCAUGAAAAAGCCAGCACGCCUGUUCUGAAAUCCAGCACACCGACUCCUCGAAGUGAUGUGCCAACUCCAGGCACUAGUGCUACUCCAGGACUUCGUCCAGGCCUUGGCAAGCCUCCAACAAUGGACCCUCUGGUUAACCAGGCUGCUGCAGGUUUGCGGACACCAUUGGCAGUACCAGGACCGUACCCUGCUCCGUUUGGAAUGGUACCUCAUGCUGGCAUGAAUGGAGAGUUAACCAGUCCAGGGGCAGCCUAUGCCAGUCUGCACAAUAUGUCACCCCAGAUGAGUGCUGCUGCUGCUGCAGCUGCCGUGGUUGCCUAUGGAAGAUCUCCUAUGGUUGGGUUUGAUCCUCCUCCUCACAUGAGAGUACCUGGAAUCCCUCCAAAUCUAGCAGGGAUUCCUGGGGGAAAACCAGCCUACUCCUUUCACGUUACUGCAGAUGGUCAGAUGCAGCCUGUUCCUUUCCCACCUGAUGCCCUCAUCGGUCCAGGAAUCCCUCGCCAUGCCCGUCAGAUCAACACUCUGAACCACGGGGAAGUUGUGUGUGCAGUUACCAUCAGCAACCCCACAAGACACGUGUACACGGGCGGGAAGGGGUGCGUCAAAGUCUGGGACAUCAGCCAGCCUGGCAACAAGAGCCCUGUCUCUCAGCUGGACUGCCUGAACAGAGAUAACUACAUCCGCUCUUGUAAAUUGCUGCCUGAUGGAUGCACCCUAAUAGUUGGCGGGGAAGCCAGCACAUUAUCCAUAUGGGACCUGGCAGCACCAACUCCUCGUAUAAAAGCAGAGCUGACAUCCUCAGCCCCUGCCUGCUACGCUCUGGCUAUCAGCCCUGAUUCCAAGGUGUGCUUUUCCUGCUGCAGCGAUGGGAACAUCGCAGUGUGGGAUCUGCACAAUCAGACGUUGGUCAGGCAAUUCCAGGGCCACACAGACGGAGCCAGCUGUAUUGACAUUUCUAAUGAUGGUACCAAGCUCUGGACAGGAGGUUUGGAUAACACUGUCAGAUCCUGGGACUUGAGAGAGGGAAGACAGCUACAACAGCACGACUUCACAUCACAGAUAUUUUCCCUUGGUUAUUGUCCUACUGGUGAAUGGCUAGCUGUGGGAAUGGAGAGCAGCAACGUAGAAGUGCUACAUGUAAAUAAACCAGACAAAUAUCAACUGCACCUUCAUGAGAGUUGUGUAUUGUCACUCAAGUUUGCUUACUGUGGUAAAUGGUUUGUGAGUACUGGGAAAGAUAACCUUCUUAAUGCAUGGAGAACUCCUUACGGAGCCAGUAUCUUCCAGUCCAAAGAAUCUUCGUCAGUGCUUAGCUGUGACAUCUCUGUGGAUGAUAAGUACAUAGUCACUGGCUCUGGAGACAAAAAGGCUACAGUCUAUGAAGUUAUCUACUGAAAAAUAUGAUGGGGAUAUAACUUUUAGAAGUUGAACUGGGCCAAAAUUGGUCUUAAUUGUAGAAGUAGAAAGGUUUUGCCUUUUAAAAAGGAACAGAAGUAUUGAGGUUCCAGACCUUGCCAUGAAACUACUCCAAUUUUUCAAAAUAGAAGGCAACAUCCAGCAACUAAAUAUUGGCUACGUGGACCAAACGGAACACACAGGCAAGAUGGACAGAUGUAGCCUAGGUUUUUGACAUAGUUUUUAAAAGCCGAGUCUACUGAAGAAUGUUGGAGCCUUUUAUUUUUCGCUUUCUUUGUGACCUCAUGCAAAUUGUUCUCAUUGCCUGAAUAUGGGGGAUAAAUACCUUUCUGUUCCUUGCAGUUCAAGUUGCAUUCUGUCCUGUGUAGAGCAGUGGUGUCUCAGAUGAACUUGUUUCCUGGUUUUGCAUAGUGUGAUAUGUUUUUGUAUUUUUGUUGAAGGUCAAACAUUUGUAUAAAUUGUAAAUAUAUUUAGUUUAUUACAGUAAAGGCUUUAGUACCAACAACCAGUCUUUCCCCACCCCACCCCCCACCCGCCCUGCUUAUUUAAAAUUAAAAACCUUUUGGGGAUAUAAGUACCUUUUUAGAAGCAAAAGCAAACACUAUGUAUAGUUUGAAAAUGGUGUCUUAUUCUUUAUAACUCCUCCUAGAUUCCUUUAUCAUACUUCAAAGUAGUUGUUUUGACAUAUUAGGGUAUCAAGUUCAGUAGAUGCUGUCUUGUGGUACAAAAAACUUAAAAGGCAAUUUUGUACUAAUUAUAGUGUAAAUAUAAAAAUUGAACAUUUCACAAAGUUGUGCAGUUUAUUUUAAGUUUUUCCUGAUGUCCCAUGUAUAUGUUCUUUGGCAGAUACAGUAAUAUGUGCCUGAUCAUAACUCAUUUGAUCAUUUCUCUAAAAGAAGAGGUGACUUCCCUCUCCUUUCUCCCCCAGCUGAACAGAAUUCAUGCGAGACUACGUUUUAACUAAGUAAAUUAGAGCCUUUAUUCAUUAACCGAGGAUGUCUAUGAUUAAACAAAGCUAGAUAAGUUGCAUCCUUCGUACUUUACAGAGAAGUGGUAGUUAAUGACCAUUUCCUUUUUAAUGUCUUGUCUAUACUUAGAUACUCAGGUAAAUUUAACUAAAUUACCAAAAGUGUGAGUUUUACAGGGGAUCACUUAAACAAUGUUAAAUACUUGCAGAGCCGCAAGUGAAGUGAAUUAGCCUAAACUAAGUUAAACUCGCUUCUUAAUUUCUUGUGAGAAUAUUGACAAAGGAAUAUUUUGAUUUUUAACCAACUCACUGUACAAAUUAAUUAGAAUUAAUUUUCCUGAGUGUCCCAUAUUACGCAGGCCUGUAGGCUCUAUGUAUUCAUAGUGAGCAAUCUCUGAGUCCUUUCUUCUGUCGCAUCAGUGUGUGACAUCUGUGAAGGGCCAUGCUAAGCAGCCAGUUACCAAAGUUAUGCAUCUUCAAAUCAAGUUUUCUUGGUGUACUCGAGAAAUGGAUGAGGAGAGAAUGUGUACGUUUUAUUCUAACUAUGUUUUUUCUGAUUAACGAGUUCUACCACUGUGUGCUAGACAAACUUAGCUAUUGCACCAGUGAGGGCCAUGCAUUUCCUACAUUCUGUAAUUGAAUUAGGAUUUCUGUUACUAAUGGAGACUACAGAUGAACAGAAGGGUAUCUUUGAACAAAUAAUUCAGAUUACACAAACUGGCAGACAGGUUGAGACUCAUCUAUGACAAGCUGCUUUCUCAUUUUGAUAGCAUUUGACAAUGACCUAUAUCCCUGCUCUUUCAAAGGCACGUAACUAGGAAGAAACAAGCUUGACUGACAGAUGCAUUGACUGGAUAGGGAAUUUCUCAUCUGGGGGCAAAUUUUCUCUCAAUUUUCAAUCUGAAGAGACAUCAGUUUUCUUUUCAAUUUACAUGACCAUUCUACUGAAACCAUUUUAUAGCAUCUAGAAUUGUAAUAGCCUUAAUACAUUAACUUUGCAUUUGGAAUGUAAAAUGUUAACCAUUCAGGAUAAUCUGGUUUCCUAGACAUUUAAAACUAGUGUUCUAUCCAUAUGUAUCUAUAUCUUUGUUUAUUGCUGUGUUGUGAAUAUCUAUCUGUAUAAAAAUGACAGACCAGCUUAGGUGGUGGCCACGUUCCUUUCACACAUAGUGAAGCAAAAAGCAGAAUCGUCAGGCUUUUCAAAGAGAUAAUUAUAUUUGCUACAUUGAAAUACUGUGAAGUAUUAUGCCAUUUUAAAAAGGGAAAGUUUAGAAAAAGAGUACGUACUAGGCUACUUGAUUUUUACGCUGACCCUGUUUUCAUAUUGAAGUUUUUCCGAACGUCUGAUUCUGCCAAUGAUCGUUGACUUUGUUUAGCAGCACUGGCAAAUUUGCUGCAGUUCGGAACAUUUAGAUUUCUUCCAAACUACUGUCACCAUGGCUUUUACUUUAUAGGUGUUCUUUUGCCUUUCUUAAAAGUUGAUAUCAGAGGAACCAAGAAUGCAAGUAGUAUAACACAUUCAUGUAACUUAAAAAAACAUACACAUGUAUAUAAUGGAUCUGCUAUAAGUUGUGACAUAGUGGUUGUUAGUAAGACCACAUUUCAGCGAUCAAGAGGUUCAAAAUCAUAGUGUCAGGAGAAUCAUUAAAUACCUUUUCUUGUUAGCUUCUAGGAUGCACAGUGAGUCAGAUUAUGGAAUUAGACAUUAUUUAUGCAUGUGAAUGAAUUUAAUCGUAUUUGUACCAUAUGUUUCUUGGUUGUAAUUAAGAAAUUACUUCUUUUUUUUUCCCCCAAUCAGAUCUACUUUAAGCCUUGGGUCUGAAAACUUGGGGACACGUCAUACAAUAGUCCUCUCAAUGUAUUGUUUCAGGUUUAACUUACAGUUUAUGAAACUUUUUUUUUUCAUUUGUCAAACAGUAAAGCUAUUCCACCAGCAGAUGUAAUUUUUAAUGAAAAGACAUUUGGUGAAACCUUGGCAUGUCUUGUCUAUGCUAUUACCUACAAGAUUUAAAACUUAUAGAGCUUAAAACUUCUGUAAGUUCUUAUAGCCCUGUGUAAAGUGGUGGGUGGAAAUAAUUGCAUAUUGAGUGAAGAAACACCAACCCAGACCAGCAGUAACAGAAAACGCACUGGGAAAAGCACAUGGAAAAAAAGAGGUACAGCAGUAACUAUGGUGUAGGUAAUUAUUAUUAUUUUUCUUUUCCCAAUUUAAUUACAGUCCUAAAAUAUUCCUUUGAUUUAGCCCCUUUCUGGGAUUGUGUUUGUUUGCUGGGUGGCCCUCGGUAUUCAGAGAUGUGUGAAUGCCACUCUGGCAAACACUGGUGCCAGAUAGAAGCAGGGAGUCCUUACGAAUGACAUAUUGGAUGUCAGUGCAAACAAUAACCGAUGAAGAGGAGAUUUGUGGUAAUAUCAAUUCAACUGAACAAAAUCCUUUGCCAGCUCUAAUAUGUAUAUUUUGUAUAUGUACGCUAGGCAUAACCUUUUAUCAAUCAAUUGUGCAGAAUAUCAUGAUAUUACUCCACACAAUGCAUUAGUCAGUGUGUCAGAGUACCUCUUUUGGAUUAUAGUUCCAAGCAAAGGUAGUUCCUCACAUCAACCCACAAGCUGCUGGUCCUUGAGAGAGAAUUUUCAUCCACGUUAAUUCUUUAACCUUGUUUGGCAUUUCAAAAGCUUUUGUUUCUUUAAAGGGAAGAGGGAGCACCAAAUAAAUAUGAAGUUCAUAGACUGUUAAAUAAUAGUGUUAUGUUUUAAUAUAAACAUCAAAGUAGAAUCCAUUAUCUAGUUUCAUGCAUACUUUUGUGUAUAAAUGAUUGACCAUAAUUUUUCUGUGACAUCUCUGCAUUGCUGAUGCAGGUGAAAUUUUCAGAAGCAUCUAAGUUACUUAAGUAACUUAAACCGAGAUUGACAAAUUGAUUUUUUUUUUUUUUUUGGUGUGUGUGGAAAGACCACCCCACUUAUAAGUCUGUGGGAUCAUGUAAUCUAGUUAGAGUAGUCCUUCAUAUUUUCUAUUAUAUUGGUGCAAUUUUGAGUCGAUGGGGAAGUUCCACCAUUCUUGUGAUUAAGAGAGGUGGAUUUUAAUAUUUCAGGCUAAGGAAGAGUACUGAAUUCAGAUUUCGCACUACUGAUAAAGUGUUUACCCCUUAAGGCACUUCACUGGAGAAGCUGGACUGGCUCCAACUGUGCUGUCUCUUUGAAGGAUUUUUUUUUUUUCCUACCACAAGUGCAUAGAAAGAAUGUGAGAAUGUAGGUCUGUACAAGACUUGAAUCAUGGUGUCUUGCGAGAGAGAGGUCUUUUAUCACAGAAUAAUAAGCAGCUCAGAGUAGGACCUGAUGAACACCAGAAUGAAAGAAAGACUUCAUGGCAGGGAAUACACGGAGGGACGAGGGAGAGUGGGAACAUACACACACUUACAUUUCAGUGGUAGUCUAACACGUAAUCUACAAAAUUCACCUAGAACGAGAUUCCAGUAUGCAGUUGCACUGACUUAUAUUUCUCCGUAAAGUUGUUCAGAUGUUUCCGCAUAGUAAUUCAAGGCCACCUGAGCUGUGUAUUGGAAGGGGGCAUUUCUUUGGCAUCCGUAAGCAGUCAUCGAAUCCUAAGAGGAAAGAGAGUUAAAUCACAGCCAGUUCUCAACAUUUCCCAUUACCUAAUAUUUUUGUAGCUCCAAGAUCAGCUUUCCAGCAAUUGAUAAUCCCAUUUUCAGCAACAUGCUCCCAGAUGUCCCGUUGCAGCUUAAGUGCUUAGUGCAGGUGGUAGAUUUUGCUAGGGAAACCAGACAUGUAGGAGCUGGGUGCUUUAAAAAUCUGCCCUGUGGGUCUAGAUUACUGACAAUUCUAAGAAGUUUACUCAGAAUUUCAGUUUAACUAUAUAGGAGAGCUCAAACACUCACUUAAACAUUUUCUAAACCAGCAAAAACUCUGCUUUGAACACACUUUAAGCACAUGGGUGUGGGGUUUUUUUUGCUAUUUUUGUGUUGAUUUAUUUCAUUUUUUUCUUCUUACAGAACUUUAAAAAAAUCUAUAAAUUGAAUACAACAAGAAAACACAAAGGGAAAUAAGAAGAAUGAAUGAAUAAUUGUUUUCAGAGGGCAGAAUGUUCUUAAAGAUGCUGUAUCUCAAAACAAAAGAACCUAUUGCUUCUACAAUAUAUUAAUUCUUUAGAGAGUUGGGUUUGUGUUUCCUUGGAGCUAAACUGCUCUUCUCAGAAAACUGAAUAAAAAAAAAAAAAAAAGGUGGUGUGGGGAUCAAUGUUAGUUAGCAUUUUCAAAUCCAAGCAGACUUUUGUUUUUUCUUCUCCCCCCCCCAAUAUUCUUUAUUGCCAGGUCCCACAGUUCACUCCUAGAAGCUGAGCAACUGGCUGUGCCCUUUCCGGCUCAUACAUUCGUAAGAAUUCUGUUGCUAACAAGUCUGUUGGUGAUAUGUAGACUUCAGCAAAAUCUGAAUGAAUCUUUUAGUGGAUAGCUGGAGAGAUAAUAUCAGCCAGUGUAUGUUGUAAUAAUUUCCCUUACUAAAGCAAGCACUCAGAGAUAAGAUAGCGUCAUUGUUCCGUGCUCAUACUUUUAUUGUUUGUGGAAUUGCUGGUCGGUGUAGUUGACUCACCAUAGAAAAAUUCUGUGGUAGCUUCUGAGGUAAAACUUAAAUUUCGAGAUCUUUCCUCUCCUAAAAUUUGAGAUGUGAUUUUUCCCACAGUAAGGUUAUGUUGAUUCAUAGAAGAGAUGCUGCAAGGAGCAUUAGACAGUUGCUAUUGCAUAGAACUUGGCAAGGAUUGCCUUUGCUAUGUCGACAGUACAAAGGCAUAGUAUCUCUUGAACCUUGUUUCUAUCUCUGUUUUCUGCCAAGAACAAGGUAGAGGCGAAGAUAAUGCAUAGUUUGGAGAUGUAAGUAAUCAAACAUACUAUUAUCAUUACCCCUUUUGUAUAUUCUGUCAUUAGCAUAGAAAGUGGAGAAGAUACCUUUUAACUGCAAAUAAUAAAUGCUGGUUUUCCUUCCAUUUUAAUGGCAGUUUAAAAAAGUUAAACAAGCAGAAUGAAGGGGUCAUAAAUGGAAGUUAACCCAUAGUGUUGGGAAACUUAGAAAUCACUUGUUACUUUCCUGGUAGUCAGCCUAAUUUGUUUAAAAUAAAAUCCAUCUGUUCAUUUCACAGUCUUUGUCCCACCUCCUUACAGCAAUCCACAGUGGAUUAACCCAUUACUUUAAAAAUUGACUGCAAUUACGAUAAGCUAAUAACUCUGUAUUUUGUGGUUUGCUGUAGCAAGAUAUUUUAUAGAGCAACGAAGCUUCCCUGUAUUCUUAAAAAAUAAUCAGCUAUUGUUAUUUUUUGCAGUUGGACCUGAGUAUUUUCUUAAUUAUGUUUCAAGUAAAUAUACAAUCUGAUGGUUUUGCAGAUUCAAAAUAUUUUUGAUUGCUGAUGAAUCAACCAAACAGUGCUGUUAAGUAUGUAAAUGACCUUAAUGUCAGUUUGGUAUUUGCUUAGCAUGCCAUGCAUGCAACAAAACUUUGGAGUGAUUCAACUUUUGUGGCCACAUUAAAUUUCCUUCCUGGAAUAAGUUUCCUUUUCAUACAGGGACCAGUUUACUACUGUGCUCCCCUGUGUUUUCUCCUGAAUAUGUAUUAGUCCUCUAGAGAUGUUUUAAUGCGUUAUACUUACAUAAUGCUUCUACCUUUCUCUGUCUUUCUGAUUGUUAAUUAUAUGAGAUGUGUAUUUCUGACAGCAGUUGAGUGAAUAUUCGCUAAUCUAUGAUAUAAUUGAGUUUUCGAAUGUGUACUUCAAGAAGUUUAUAGACUUGUAUAGAGAAAUCAUUAAUUUUCAUUUGUUAAACUCAAGAUUCUCAACUCCUGAUACUCCUUUGUGUUUUUAUCAGUGAAUCUGUUUAAGGAAGUACUUCUGGUUUUUUAAUGGUUUUCAUAGCUUUUUUGUUUGUUUAUGUAGACACUCUUCUUUGUGUCUUGAGUGCAAGUUAUUGACCUGGUACUCUAUUUAUAAUUAUGCCUGGUUCUUCAGUAUUUUAUCUAGCUGUAACUUAUUAAAAACCACAACUAUGAAAUGGGGAUAUUAAUGACAAGUGGUUUAAAUGUGAGAGUUUCAAAAUGCAUGUUAGAAUAUUUCAACACUUUGUUCACUGUAAUUUUACAUUUUUUCAUUACUUAAGUAAUUAAAAAAAAUCCUUAGGGUUGAAUUAUAGUAAAAUUUUAUACAUCUCAGUACUAAUUUUGUCUCCCAGUGGACAGCAAUAAUUUAGAUUGGAUUGUUUUUACCUAAUUUAUUCUUAUUGGGGGAGAGGGGAAAAUAUUAACCUUGCAAAUUUUACUAAUUAUAAUAAUUUCAUUAAUA